AAACUCAACGAGAUUAGUAAACAAAAUUCUUCAUUUCUAAAUGAUUUGUAAAUUCUUCAGAAUAAAUAUCUAUAAAUAUUAUUAUAAAUAUUGUUUAGCUGAAAGGAAUAGUUUCAAAGUAUGCUUCAACACGAUGAUACAUACUUGUUGAUGAAAGACAUUUUGUUAAAUGUUGCAAAAUAACUUCGACAAAAUUUAUUGCCCAAGUUGUAACUUCGGCAAAUUUUAUUGUCGAGGUUUAACUUCGACAAAAUUUUCUGUCGAAGUUGAACUUCGGCAAAAUUUAUUGCCGAAGUUAAGCUUCGGCAUGACAUAUAUAUCAGCUGAUUUUGACAAAGAAUUUUAGUCCAUAAAGAACAAGAAAGAAUAUACACUCGCGAAUAGGGUGUGGGUGUGGUUUGUUUAGAAAAACUGUACACCCACACCCACACCUACCCACACCCACCCACACACACCCACACCCACCCACACCCACACCCACACCCACACACCCCCACCCCCACCCCCACACCCACACCCACACCCACCCACACCCUCGUGGAAAUAAUACAUUUGAAAUCAUGUUAAACGAGCUGAAAAUACAUUUGCAUCACACACAUAAAAUACAUUGGCACUGCAUAAAUUCGAAAACAAAUUUAAAUAUAAUUUCUGAUUUUCUUAAUUAUUUUCAAAAUGGAUUUAUAGGUUUAAAUGGUUCAAUGAUAACAUUAAAUGAUGAUGAUUGUCAAAGAAUGUUUCACAAAUGGUUACUUGCACAAGAAAACAUUAUUGAUAGAAUAAUCAUAGAAACUGACUUUCCUUUUCUUCGACUUUCAACAUUAGAACCAAGUCAAUAUAAUCCAAUCAGUGGAAUUGGUACUACUGCACAACAAAUAGUUAACAUUUUGCGCAUAAAAAAUUGCAAUGCUACAAAAAUUAUUGAUCAUUCAAAUCAAAAUAUUCGACAAAUGUAUAAUAUUGAUUGA